CACGUGGUUACCACUGCCGGUUGCAUGGCCGCUUGUUUAGGUUGUUGCUGUGCGUGUCGCGAGCAAUGGUUUCGCGCGAAUAGCUCGUUUUGAAUGUUUUGUCUUGAAUUUGUGAACUCGUGGUCAUCACACGAGAGUGUUACCGAAAAGGACCCGUGUGCACUUUUCAGGUGGUGCAAACUCUGGAUAACUGUGCGACGUGCGGGUUUUUGGCAACAGCUGACUGACAGCUUCCUGCAUGAACAUUACCAUCAGCAACAUUCUGGACAUUGGCACUUGCAUCGGUAAUUCCGCGAACUACUGUGGCAGUACUUCGGGCAGUGCCGCAACUCAAGGAAUCAGCAAGAUUACCAAUUGCGUCAUUCAAGGAGUCGUCCAGAAUGGCUCCCCUCAAGGCAUCGUCAACGCACUGGUCCCCCUGCUACUUAUUAUCGUCAACCGUGACUUACCCACCGGCAUCAACCUUCCCAUGGUUCCCAUGCUGGGAAACAUGAAUCUGUGCAACUCGAGCGGCUGCCUGGGCUUCCUCAUCAAGAACGACACCUGCGACGGCUCCAUCAACAUCGGUCUCCCUUCCAUGGGCAACAUCAGCACGUGCCUUGGAGACACGGCCCAGAUGUGCACUGCUGGAUCCCCGACCACUACUAACAUGGUCCAAUCGACGGUGCAAGCCGUUAUUUGCAUCCUGACUCAGCUGCCCGCCAACCAGCUACUCACGGUAGCCAGGAGCACUACGUGCAACUUGAUCAAGGCGAUCAACUCGGGCCUGCAAAACACAGCGGUUCAGGCGGCCUUCCUGGGCUUCAGCACGACUCUGAGCGCCGCUCUCGGCGUACCUUGUAUUCUGUCUGGGUGAAGAAGAUGAAUAUAAUCGAACGCCAGCGCAAAACAAGAUUUGUACAUCGUUCCCAGAAGUUAACCCAUCCUUUCUAUUGUAUCCCAGAACAAAAAAAAGUGCUUGGCUUAAGAUCAAUAAAACGUUGCAGUAUCA